CCCUCCGCGUUGCUACUGGCAACAGCGUCCAAACAAACACAGGGCAGCCCUCUGAACAGGAACGAGUGUGUGAUGCACGGCUGCUGCUGCAGGUAAAAUGAGUUCACCUUUGUCGAUGCUGAAGAAAACGAGACGCGCCCCCCUGCAGGACCCUCUGAGUGAACAGGGGGGCAGACAGAAGGUGCCCUUCAGGAGGGAUCUGCUAAAAGAAUUUCAGGCAGGAUUGGCUGACAAUGAUGACUCCUCUGAUCCUGCAGCUAACUAUGCCUCCAUUUCCAAGUCAAACACCUCAUUAAAGAAAGGUGUUCCACCCAGCGACUUUGAGCUGAUGUCUGCCAUGAUGCAGCGGGUGACCCUGCUGGAGAAGACAGUGAGGAGCCAAGCACGGGAGAUCGAGCGCAAGGAUGAAAGGAUCUCAGCUUUGGAGGAAAAACGAAGGCCUCUGAACGAAUCAGAAAGCACACAUGAGCUGAGCUGCAGAGACGAUCUUGAGAGAAGGUGCCAGAGACUGCAGAAUCAAGUGAUUGAAAUGGAGAGCUUUCUGAGUGACUACGGUUUGAUCUGGGUGGGAGACGGUGCCAGCGGUGACUCAGCCGAAAGUGAUCAGGCACAGAGCGCAGGGAGAGGUCAUCUGCAGCCAGACGCCUCUGCGGUCAGGAGCUUCCGCAUGAACUUUGACCUGGUGGUGCAGAGGAUCAGGGAGCUGAACAUCCUCACAGGGGACGGCGAGUGUUUCGUGCGAUCGACAGCUACAGGGGCGCAGUUGGCAAAGAAGGAUCCCAUUCAACUGAGUCUCUACAGCAACGGGAUCGUCAUGUUUGAUGGUCCUUUCCGCUCCUAUCAGGAGGACAGCACCCAGCGGUGCAUGCAAGAUCUGAUGGCCGGGUAUUUUCCAUCUGAGCUUCAAGGAAAAUUCCCAGAUGGCGUCCCUUUUGAGGUUCAUGACAGGAGAGAUGAGGAAUUCGUCUUUCGGCCACCGUGGGACAGAUUUCCUGGUGAGGGUCAGGCUGUUCGAGGGGGGAAAGGCAAGAAGAUGAGCGUGGAUCAGUUCGUCAACAGGUUACCAAAGGUGGUAGUAAAGGCUGGUCGUGUGAUUGAUAUCAGGGACUCAGUGAGGGGCGUCCUGCAGGGUUCAUCUGAUGCCCAGAGCCGCGACUCUGUGAUCCUGAUAGACACGCCGUCACUGCAGGCCAUGAAGGACAGACUGCAGGUGCUCAACACUGACCGGACCGCGUCAGCCCGUGAUGUUAUCACGCUCAAGCUGAGGUCAGAAGAUGGGAAUCACACUUUCAUACUGAAGAUGUGCCUCCUAGAAACAAUCGGCCAGCUGCGACACUAUCUGGACUCACACAGAGGUGGUGGUCUCCCCGGCUAUGACAUCAUCAGCGUGUACCCGCAGUGCUGCUACGAUGACGACCGCCAGACGCUCCAGUCAUGUGGGCUGACGACUAACACUACUCUGCUGCUGCGAAUGAGGAAACGUCUCCCCAUCACUCACUGACUGAAGCUUAUAAAAUAAACUCAUAAAGCAGCUACGCACGA